AUGGCGAUUGGACCAGAAUUUGGUUUCGUAAUAGGUCUUUUCAAUUUCCUAUUGACUCGUAUAGGUAACGACGUCUUUAGAAGGAUCCAUGAAUUGAGGAAAUAUAAGAGGAAACUGGACGCGCUAGAAAUGACAAUCUCGACGGCGCAGGGAAAUUUUAAAGAUGUGGACCCCUUCCUUUUGAAGGGCAGAGUUAAAAUUGUAGCACAAGAUCGGUUGGAUACCUUUACUAAGCUUUGCUAUGAGGCUGAAGAUCUGAUGGACGAUAUAAUGAAUAUAAUGUGUAAGCCCGGCUGGUGUGAGAAGCACAAUUUUGUAAUAAAGUUUAUAUUUGGAAAAAAGUUCUGGAAAAUUAGAAAGCUGCAAGAAAAGCUCGAUGAGAUAAUAGCCCAAUUGAAGAUGCUAACAGAUGAAUCAGAAAAAAAAGAUAAAGGAAAACAGCCUGAUUGGGGGGGGGGAGCAGCUCAACAAGUUGGUAUGCAUGGAGUUGGAAAGACGGCGCUUGCUUUGGAUAUCCUAGAUGACCCAAGAAUUAUUGACAAAUUUGAGACAUCAAUUGUCGAUGUGGAAGAUGGCAUCUUCGAUUGUAAACGUAGUAUCAAUGAGUUGUUGAAUUGCAAGAAAAAAGCGUUAGAGAACAAGAAAACCAUGUUACUGAUCAUGUUUGACAGAUUGUUGAACAUACCGAACUUUGAUUGGGAUGAUUUCUUGUCUAAAAGACGUGAAAUGGAAAACAUAACAAUAAAGAUCCUCGUCACCACUCUGAGUCCAGGAGUUUCAGAAACAUUAGGCACAGUUACAUAUACUCUCAAGCCCUUGCUGAAGGAAGACUGCCAAAAAGUGAUUGUGCAAAAAGGAAAAGAUUAUGACAAGGAACGGCUCCGAUUUCUAGAACGUAAUGCUAAGAUCAUGGCAAAUUAUUGUGAAGGUCUGCCUGGGGCUGCUAGGUUCCUUGGAAUUAUUCUAGGUAAAUGCAAAAUAGCAGAAUGGACCCCAGUCAACUUGUGGGAUCUGCAAGAAUUCAGAAACGACAUUUAUCCGAUCUUGAGUUUGGAAUAUUCAGAUAAGCAACAUCAUCUGAGUAGAUGUCUUGCUUAUUUUGCGCUCUUUCCUGAAGAAUAUGAUUAUAAUGUCGACGACUUGGUCCAACUUUGGGCAGCGGAAGGGUUCGUUGAGCAAGUUCAAGCAGGCAAAAUCUUAUUCAAUGAUAUAGUUCAAAGAUCAAUACUUCAACCUUCCGAUGAGCAAAAUUCAAUAUAUAAGUUGCACAAAUUCAACCAUUAUUUAUCAAAAUUAGCCACUUCAAGUAUAUUUCUGCUGCUUCCUCCAGGUUCGUCUACGUCUCUUCUCAUAGAAAGUGUUCGUCAUUUGUCAUUGUUGUGUGACAUUGACGAACCUUUAUUGGAGAAACUUGCCAAAUGUAAGCGCCUCAGAACGUUGCUUUCCUUGUCCAAUCGAAAAACUGAUCUAAAUGUAAAAAUACCUCCCAAUCUUUUUAAGAAACUAAAAUAUCUUCGAGUAUUGGCCUUGAAUAGAAUCAAUAUUGACAAUAUACCAGAUGCCAUAUAUAACUUGGAACACCUUCGACUUUUGGAUAUCUCUUAUACCCUUAUAGAAACAUUACCUGAUGAACUGUGUGAGCUUCACAACUUGCAAUUUCUCAAAAUCAAAGACACCAAAUUACGUCAAUUACCAAAAGAUUUUAAAAAAUUGACUGAUUUGCGAUAUGUUGAUUGGGAAAUAGCAGACAUAAGGAAGAUGAAUAUGCAGCCUGGAAACAUUGGAACUCUUUCUCAUCUUGAGACCCUUCCUUUGUUUCGUGUGAGUAAAGAACCAGAGUUUGCUAUAAAACAGUUGGGGAAUAUGAACAGUCUUCAGGGUUCAAUUUCCAUAACAGGUCUUGAAAAUGUCGAAAGUGAGGAAAAAUCUAAAGAAGCCAAGUUGUGUGGAAAGGAUAAACUGAAAAGGAUAGAGCUAGAAUGGACAAAACGUAGUUCAGUUUGUGAACAGGUUCUCAAUGGCCAAAACCUCAUGAUAACUUGA